UUUAAAUUUAUGCGCGCUGUUAAUAACGUGCCGCUAAUGUUAGGCUUCUUUUUUUUCGGGUGCCCACAACUGGCCAACGUAAGACGUUUUGUAUACGUGUGUGAGACAUAUUUAACCAGAAUAUUAAUUUAUUAUCACACAAAUGUCAUCGCAAAAAGUCCAGAACCGGCCUGUGGCCCGUCGCAAGAAGCCAAAGAAUCUGUGGCAGAUGCUCAGAGAGAAAUAUAUUAACUGGAACUACAUUAAAUAUCUGGCAUUCAAUCCGGCAGCUCUGCCGAUUGUUGCUCAGCUGAUUCUUUUGGCCGAGGCGCUGAUUAAUGUGCUGGUUAUUCAUCGUGUACCCUACACCGAGAUCGACUGGGUCGCCUACAUGCAGGAAUGCGAAGGCUUUCUGAAUGGCACCACAAAUUAUACGCAACUGCGAGGUGACACCGGUCCGUUGGUCUAUCCGGCUGCCUUUGUUUACAUAUACUCUGCACUUUAUUAUGUGACAGCCCAUGGCAGAAAUGUGCGUCUGGCUCAGUAUAUAUUCGCUGGCAUCUAUUUACUACAAAUGUGUCUCGUUUUGCGACUUUAUGCUAAGAGUCGAAAGGUGCCGCCCUAUGUCCUGGUAGUGAGUGCCUUUACGUCCUAUCGUAUACAUUCGAUCUAUAUGCUCCGACUCUUCAAUGAUCCGGUGGCCAUUUUACUGUUAUAUGCAUCGCUCAAUCUAUUUCUGGAUAACCGCUGGACAUGGGGCAGCAUUUGCUUUAGCCUAGCAGUGGGCGUCAAGAUGAAUAUUUUACUAUUUGCACCUGCGUUGCUGCUGUUCUACCUGGCCAAUCUGGGAAUGGGCCCAACUAUUAGGCAGCUAUUUAUAUGUGGCGCAAUUCAGCUGUUGAUAGCUCUUCCCUUUCUGUCGCAUCCUAUGGAGUAUCUGCGCGGCAGCUUCGACUUGGGUCGCAUAUUCGAGCACAAAUGGACUGUAAAUUACAGGUUCUUGAGUCGAGAGGUAUUCGAGCAGCGCGAAUUUCAUUUGGCGCUGCUUGGACUGCACUUGCUGCUGCUGCUGAUCUUUGCCAAGCCCACCUGGACAUUCUUUAAGAGCUACCUGCGCUUGCGCGAAGUGCAGCAGCAUAUAUUGCCAGAGAUAAUGCGUAAGAAGCGCGAGGAGCAGAACAAAGCAAAUACCGAUUGGAAAAAGUCGCUAAAAAAGAGCAAAUCUAUAAAAUCCCAGGAGCAGGAGGCACAGGAAGGUGAGGAGGAACUAACUGCAGAGCAAAAAUCCUUUCUCAAGGAGUUCGAGCGGGGACUGAAGCGUAGCACAGGUCAAAAAGCAUCCGCUGCCCCAGUCAAGGAGCCAAAAUCUGAGAAAUUUGACAUCUACUUUGAACCCUGCACCCAGUUGGCUCUGUUGCCUUUCUUCCUGUGCAACUUCAUUGGCGUCGCCUGCGCCCGUUCACUGCAUUAUCAAUUCUACAUUUGGUACUUCCAUUCGUUGCCCUAUUUGGUGUGGUCCACGUCCUAUUCGUUAGGCGUGCGCUUUCUAAUUUUGGGCAUUAUCGAGUAUUGCUGGAAUACCUAUCCUAGCACCAACUAUUCCAGCGCCGCGCUGCACCUGUGUCAUCUGGUAUUGCUGGUAGGCGUGGCGCGUCACGUCUUCCAAAUCAUGAAGCUAAAUGAAAGUAUAAAACAGCAGAACCGCCAACAGCAGCAGCAAGAAAUACCGUUACAAAAUGCUCAGCCAAAUAUGACGAAAAAAAAUCAAUAACCGAAAGAACCCUUAAUUUAAAAUUGAAAAAAUGUUAAAAAAAUGAAUUUUAUUGGAUGUUUUAACUAGUUGAGAAGA